CCGAUCCUAAUUGGCCCUAAACAAAUAAAUGCCUGUUUGGCACCUAAUACAAGUAGGAGUUAUGGAAUAUCUACCAUUAUUGAUUAUUGAUCGGCUAUAAAUAGUAGGCUAGAAUUAGCAACAUUAUUACAACCAUUUCUACUACUUCACAUCUUAUUGAAUUGGCUAAUAUCUAUACCAAUCAAACUAAAGUUUGAACCACCAUGGCCGAGGAGAAACACCACCACUUCUCCCUCCACCACAAGGAGGAGGAAGGCCCCAUUGACUACAAGAAAGAAGAGAAACACCACAAACAUCUCGAGCACGUGGGCGAGCUCGGCGUCGCUGCUGCCGGAGCCUUUGCCUUGCAUGAGAAGCAUGAAGCAAAGAAGGACGGGGAGCAAGGACACAGACACAAGAUCGAGGAGGAAGUAGCGGCGGCCGUGGCGGUCGGAGCUGGUGGGUUCGCAUUUCACGAGCAUCAUGAGAAGAAAGAUGCCAAGAAGGAAGAGAAAAAAGAACACCACCACCACGGCUUUUAAUUAUAUUAAUUAAUUAAUUCAAUAAAUUGCUCUCGUCCUUAAUUAAAUAAAACUAAGUACUAUACGUUGCUACUAAAUAAUUUCGUAUCAUAGUCGUCCUUCAUGCACAUAUGGCUGACUUCGAUGGCUUUGGUGACUGAUCGAACAUAUAAUUAAUGAAAAGAAUGAGGUUUAA